UCUUUACUUAACAUACAUUCCCUAACCAAAAUUAUGCUUUGCACUCUCUAACCUUUUAAAUUAACAUUAAGGAAUUAAUUAAUUAAUCUACCCUUUCUCUUUCUUCCAUAAAUUCUUCGUCCUUGUCCUCUUCUUCUUCUUCUUCUUCUACCAGAUAGACAGAUUGAUCGAUCCUCCUGCUCCCAAACCCCAAGAGAAUCGAACCCCUUCUCCACCCUAUCUCUGCUCACUUUUCCGUCCUCUGCUGCUUUCUUGCCAUCUUCAGCCUGCUGCUGAAUUUCCACGAAAUCCAUGGCGGAAGUGCCGCCUAUUGUCGGCUGCCAUUGAAGGAGGAACAGAAUGAGAGGUUCAUCGCCCACUUCAGCAGAGCCGAGGCAGCGACUCUUCUUCAACAAUGAGGAUUCCAAUAGGCGGAGGUUUUUACGGAGCAGAGUAUUGAAAGAUGGUGGUGAUAAGGCCUACUACAGUACGACUCUGGACAGGAUAUUGAGCUGCAAGUUUCUUACAUUGAAGCUCGUGCUGUUUGUUCUCAUUAUUGGAGCAUUUUUAACCCUCUUGCGGUCUCCGUCGAUUCAUGAGACAGACCAUACCUAUAGUUCGCAUUCAAGAUCAACCUUGGUAGAUAGAUGGAUAAGGGAUAGAUUUGGCAUAGAUCAAAGUUAUGCGGCGUUUUUUGAGAUUAAAUGGGACGAAAUUUCUUCUGCAAUCGAUGCAUUAGCUGAGAGGGACAAGUACAAGGGUAUAGGACUGUUGAAUUUUGACGAGCAUGAGCUUAAUCGGUGGAAAGAGUUGUUCCCUGAGGCCGAGCAUGUUAUGCUUAUGAUGGAUUAUGCCCCACAUAACGUCACCUGGGAAACACUCUAUCCCGAAUGGUUAGACGAGGAAGGAGAGUUUGAAGUCCCCACCUGCCCUGCUCUGCCCAAAAUUCACUACCUAGGUAAACCUCGAUUGGACCUCGUAGCAGUGAAACUGCCUUGCGACAAAAAAUCCAACAACUGGUCGAGGGAUGUCGCUCGGCUUCACUUGCAGCUAGAAGCUGCAAGGCUCGCUGCAACAGUGAAAGGAAACCAUCCCGUGCACGUGCUUCUUGUUACUGAAUGUUUCCCAAAACCGAAUUUGUUUACCUGCAAGGAUGCCAUUGUAAGAGAAGGCAGUGCUUGGCUCUACAAACCUGAUUUACAUAAGCUGAGGGAAAAGCUUCAACUUCCCGUCGGGUCAUGCGAACUCUCGGUUCCUCUUCAGGCUAAAGAAAAUUGGUAUUCGGGUAGUGCAAAACGUGAAGCGUAUGCUACGAUCCUGCAUUCAGCUCAUUUCUAUGUGUGUGGGGCGAUCGUAGCUGCUCAAAGUAUUCGAAUGUCCGGUUCGACUCGGGAUCUUGUGAUACUUGUCGAUGAUACCAUAACUGAUUACCACAGGGGUGGUCUCGAAGCGGCAGGGUGGAAAAUCCACACGAUUCAGAGGAUCCGCAAUCCAAAAGCUGAGCGGGAUGCAUACAAUGAGUGGAACUAUAGCAAAUUUCGGCUGUGGCAGUUGACAGAUUACGACAAGAUCAUAUUCAUCGAUGCGGAUCUAUUGGUCCUCAGAAACAUCGACUUCCUGUUCGAGAUGCCCGAGAUAUCUGCCACGGGGAACAACGCCACCCUCUUCAACUCGGGCGUCAUGGUGAUCGAACCCUCCAACUGCACGUUCCAGCUGCUGAUGGACCACAUCAAUGAGAUCGAGUCCUACAACGGCGGUGACCAGGGAUACCUGAACGAGGUCUUCACAUGGUGGCACAGGAUCCCGAAACACAUGAACUUCCUCAAACAUUUCUGGGUGGGGGACGAGGAAGAGAAGAAAGAGAUGAAGACCCGGCUGUUCGGUGCUGAUCCGCCCGUCCUCUACGUGCUCCACUACUUGGGGUUGAAGCCAUGGCUGUGCUUCCGGGACUAUGACUGCAACUGGAACAACGAGAUACUGCAGGAGUUUGCGAGCGACGUGGCCCACAAAACCUGGUGGAAGAUCCACGACGCGAUGCCGGAGAAUCUGCACAAGUACUGCCUGCUGCGGUCGAAGCAGAAGGCGGCGCUUGAGUGGGACCGCAGGCAGGCCGAGAAGGGAAAUUACAGCGACGGGCACUGGAAGAUCAAGAUACAGGACCCCCGGCUGACAACGUGCUUCGAGGACUUCUGCUUUUGGGAGAGCAUGUUGUGGCACUGGGGUGAGAAGAACUGGACCGACAAUGCCACGGUGGUGCCGCCGUCGGCUUCGCUGUGAUCUUGAUAAGCUGCUGUUGGGAUCCCUCUGUUUUCGUGUGUAUGUGUAAUAGAUACAUGAGAAACUGACAAGCACAGCCUCCCUUGCCUUGGCGGGAUGAGAAUGAUUUAGUUCCACACCACACCACACCUAUCGAUACACAAGUCCUAUCUAUAGGUAAAAUACAAUCUAUAUAUAUGAUUGGUUUCUUGCUUGCAUACGGUA